AUGUCCUCUGCUUGCGACUUGUUGUACUGGAAAAACCCGGUGGAAACCGGUAAGGUGUUUGGUGGCGCUCUUGUGGCGUUGUUGGUGCUAAAAAAAGUGAACCUGGUGUCAUUUUUGUUGCGUGUUCUUUACACAAGUAUGUUCACAACCGCAACGGUAGAGUUUUUGUCAAAUUUGUUUUUGGGCCAAGGCUUGGUGACCCGGUACGGAAUCCAAAGCUGUCCCGAUGUGGUUGGGUUCUUGAGACCCCGUAUCGAUGCGUUUUUGGCUCGUGUGCCACCCACAAUGGCCAAAUUCCGUACAACUCUCAUGGCACAAUCGCCCAAGAGAACUUACAAAGCUAGUGGGGCUCUGUACGUCCUGAGCAAACUGUUCAGCGUGCUAUCGGUGUGGAGCAUUCUUUUCAUCGGAACUAUCGGUGUGUUCACGGUACCCGUAGUUUACAAGACUUUCCAAAAGGAGAUCGACGCCACGGUUGCCCAAGGUGUCGAAGCCGGCAGACACCAUGCUUCCGCUUUGCAAUCCACCGUUGCUGAAAAGGCUAACCCAUACGUGAAGCAACUCGACGAAAAAUUGGGUCCUGUUUCCGGUUUCAUCAAAUCCAAGGUCCCUGCCACCAGAGUAGGAGGCUCCAACGUCACCGCCGAGUCCUCGACCGCCAAGUUGGCCGCAAACGUUCCUUUUGAAGAACCAGCGCAGGCUCAUACUUCUUCCGCUGAUUUCCCCACUGCUCCUUCCACCAACCUAGGCCACAUCGUCACCGAUGAAACUACCGGUCUAGCACAUGAUGUUCACGAGCCAAUCAGGGAAUAG